GCCCCGUCCCUCCCCUCAGCCCGGCCGCCAUUUCGGGAGCUGUGCGCGGGCGCGCGGCGCCCCCUGGCGGCCCCGCGGCCGGCCCGUCCCGUCCCGUCCGGCGGCCAUGAAGUCCGUGUUCGUCACCGUGGGCACCACCAGCUUCGACGAGCUGAUCUCCACCGCCCGCUCCCCGCCCGCGCUGCAGGCGCUGCAGAGCCGCGGGUACCAGAAGCUGGUGCUGCACCGGGGCCGGGGCUCGCUGCCGCAGCCGCAGCCCAGCAGCAGCUCGGCCGUGGCGGUGGAAGCGUUCCGCUUCAAGGACUCGCUGGCUGAGGAGCUGCAGAGCGCAGACCUGGUCAUCAGCCACGCAGGUGCUGGUAGCUGCCUGGAGACUCUAGAGAAAGGAAAACCACUAAUAGUAGUAAUAAAUGACAAGCUGAUGGACAACCAUCAGCUUGAGCUGGCCAAACAGCUCCACAGAGAUGGCUAUGUCCUCUACUGUAACUGCAGCACUCUUGUGGAGACACUGCAGUCAAUGGACUUGUCAGCUUUGAAACCUUUUCCUCCUGGACAGCCAGAAAAGUUUGCUUCAUUCUUGGAUACAGUUUUUGGGUUACAAUAAACAAAACAGAAAUAAAAAGGUUGGAAUAAAA